GGCGGCGCAGCGGAACCGGCCGGAGCUGAGGGGGCUCCGGGGCCCGGGGCGGCCCCGGGCGGUGCUGCUGCCCGUGCCAAGGGUGCCCUUUGCCCCUGCCCUGCUGCCCCCAGGCCGCCCCGCCAUGGAGAAGUUCGGGAUGAGCUUCGGGGGCGGCCCCAGCCGGAAGGAGCUGCUGGAGACCGUGGAGACGCAGAAGCAGCAGCUGCUGCGCUUCCAGGCGCGCCUCAAGGACGUGGUGAGCGCCUACAAGAGCCUGCUGAAGGAGAAGGAGGCGCUGGAGGCCAGCCUGAAGGCGCUCUCCGCGGCCCCCCACGGGGACCCGGCGCCGCCCGCCGCCGGGGACUGCCCGGACGAGCAGGGCUCGGAGCACAGCGAGGACAGCGCGGGCACGGCCGAAACCGCGGCCAGCCUGGGCAGCGCCAGGGGGGACGAGGAGGACAGGGGGCACUCCCAGCGGGCCGAGGAGGCGGGCGGCGCCGAGGGCGCGGAGCUGUGCGCCGCCGGCGAGCCCGAGCGGCGGCUGCAGCAGCUGCGGGCGCAGCUGGGCACGCUGACGGGCGCGCUGGCCACGGUGACGCGGGAGAAGUCGCGCAUGGAGGCCUCGUACCAGGCGGAGCGGCGGCAGAUGCGGCAGGAGCUGGAGGAGCUGCAGGAGCAGCUGGCGCGGGGCCGCGCCCGCCUGGCCGCGCAGCAGCGCGAGCGCGAGCGCGAGCAGGGCGACCACGGGCUGAUGCUGCGCGAGCUGCAGGAGCUGCUCCCGGGCCACGAGCAGCACUGCCGGCAGCUGAGCCAGGAGCUGGAGGAGCUGCGCCGCGAGCUGCAGGGCGCGCGCGACGAGGGCGGCAGGGCCGACCCGCGCGUCCAGGAGCUGCAGGAGGAGAUGGCCGGCCUCAAGAACCACUUCCAGCUGCAGCUGGUGCAGGAGAUGAAGAAGACAGCCCAGGCCGAGGAGCAGCUGCGGCAGCGCUCGCAGCGGGAGGAGCAGCGCGUGGCCGAGCUGGAGGCCCAGGUGUCCCAGGUGUCCGAGCUGCUGGGCACCUACGAGAAGGCCAAGCAGAGGGACCAGGGCACCAUCCAGAGGCUCAAGGAGCGCAUCGCGCAGCUGGACCUGGAGAACAAGACCUUGGCCAUCGCCGCCUCCAGCCGCUCGCUGGGCGAGGCGGCCGUGGAGGAGGCCACCCUGGACGUGAGCGCGCUCAAGGAGAAGAUGGAGAAGCUGCGGAAGCUGCUGCAGGCGGCGACCGAGAAGGGCCCGGCGGGGCCGGAGGCGGAGGAGCCGCAGGAGGAGCCGGAGCCGUCCCCGGGCGGCGGGGACGGGAACGGGGACAAGGCCCCGGGCGGGCACUGCCAGCAGGAGCUGAGGCAGCUCAAGGAGGAGUUCGAGCGCUACAAGGUGCGGGCGCAGCAGGUGCUCAAGAGCAAGGCCAGCAAGGACGUGGGCCUGGCCAAGGAGCUGGAGGAGGCGCGGGAGCAGCUGGCGGAGCUCCAGGACAAGCACGUGCUGCUGCAGCUGGCCGCGGACGAGGCGGAGCAGCAGCACCGGCGGGAGCUGGAGGCCGGCAAGCAGGAGCUGUCCCAGCUGCAGCAGCGGCACCGGCAGGAGCUGGAGCGCUGCCAGCUGCAGUUCCGGGAGCGGGCGCUGCGGCUGGAGGAGGAGCUGCACAAGCAGCGGGACCGCGCGCUGGCCGUGCUGGCCGAGAAGGACCGGGAGCUGGAGCAGCUCCGCGCCCUGGCGCUGCCCCACGGCCCCCAGGGCUGCCGGGACGGCGGCCCCGGCGACGCCGCGGGCCAGGACUGCGCGGAGAUCCUGCCGCAGGCGCUGCAGCCGGGCACGGGCUCCGAGCCCACCUUCCUCCUGUACGCGGAGCAGCUGGCGCGCAAGGAGGUGGAGAUCGCGGCGCUGCGCAAGCACAAGCACCGGCUGGAGGUGCAGCUGCACCAGCUCCAGGGCUGGGCCCUGGCCGAGGAGGACAAGCACCGGGAGGAGGUGGCGGCGCUGCGGGGCGAGAUCCAGAAGAGCUGCCGGGAUAAGAGCAGGGAGGGAGCCAACCUGGAGUACCUGAAGAACGUGGUGUACCGGUUCCUGACGCUGCCCGACGCGCGGGGCCGGCAGCAGACGCUCACGGCCAUCCUGGCCAUCCUGCACUUCAGCCCCGAGGAGAAGCUGAGCAUCGCCAAGAGCUCGGCCCACGGCUCCUGGUGGCUGCAUGGGAAGAGAUGAGGGGUGGGUUUCAUCCCUUUCCCGUAAGAGCUCCUUCCCGAGGACUGACCAAAACCUCAUCCCAGCCACACCCACAUCUCUGAGGGUUUGGGCUCCACUUGGUGUUCUUAGCACUAAUUUGCAGUGAGGUUGUGCCAACUUUUCCAGCCCCAAAGCCUCCGUGGUGGGAAUUUGCUUCAAGUUGAGACUUGAUUUGAAAACCAUGGAAUUGAAGGUGCUGAGGUUUUUUAAGGGUGAUUUAAAAGCAGUCCCUACCUGUCAGGCGUGGCAUCGAGUGGAAUUCACUUGGAUCUUCAAGCUCCAGCCAGGCUGGUGACUCAGGAGAUGAAAGGGAAGGUGGGAAGCACUUUAGGUGGAGCUAAAAUAGCACCAGGCCAUGGAAAGCUCAGGAAGAUGGGGCUCAGUGCAGGAAGUCUUGGGCAUUUCCCCCUAAGGUUCUUUUCCAGAGCCUAAUUUAACCAGUGGAUGCAGCUCCAGGCUCAUCCAGGGCUCAGGCUCUCCUUCCUUCCCAGGGAUCCUCUCUGGGUUAUCAGGGAUUCUAGGAAGGAGAAAGGAUCUCCCUGUGGAUGAUUCCCAUCCUGAGGGUGUUGUUUUCCUGCCCCACCCUUGGAAUUAAAUCCCGGCUGCUAAAGCUAGGCCCACAGACAGGGAUGGGUCUGGAUUAACACCCCGGGGGUCCUGGAGCCCAGUCAGGAGCAGGUUUGGGAGCAGCUCCUGGUGCUGCACUGCCCAGGGAGCCUUGGGAGGGAUCAGCCACUCCUGGCACUGCCAGGGACAAGGACAGGGACAUGGAACUUCCCUCCUUUCCUCCUUGGCUGUCCUGGUCCUGGAUUCCACUCUGGCCAGUGCAGCCCUUGGUGCCAAUUUCUCCUCAA